GAAGCAGCACAGGCAACAACCACAGCCAGGAUAUUCAACAGGAUCACAACAGCAUCACAACAAGAUGAAAUUGUUUAUUGUACUCAGCGCUUUAAUUGUUUGCGCCUCUGCUGGAAUUAUACGCAGCAGCGGCUGGAGCUCGAGUCCUUGGGGCAGCAACAGUGGCUGGAGCUCGAAUCCCUGGGGUAGCAGCAGCAGCAGUGGCUGGAGCUCGAAUCCCUGGGGUAGCAGCAGCAGCAGUGGCUGGAUCUCGAAACCUUGGGCCAGCAGCAGCGGUGGCUGGAACAGCGGCUGGUCCUCAUCCCAGCCCAAGAUUAUAAAGGUGAUCAAAAUUGGCGGUGGACACGGAGGAAGUGGCUGGAAUAAUGGCGGUGGCUGGAACAAUGGCGGUGGUUGGAGCAAUGGCGGUGGCUGGUCCGAUGCCAGCGGUUGGUCUGGUGGCAGUGAUGGCUGGAGCAAUGGUUGGUCAGGUGGCAGCAGUGGUUGGUAAUAAGCAAAUCUGACCGGGAUCACUCCUCACAGUUUGCAAUUAUUUUGAAUUUAUUUUUUAUACAUCUACAUAUGCAUUAGUCUGUAUAUAUGUAGUAAAAAUACGUUUUUUUUCAAUAUUUUUUUUUUUUAAUUUCAAUUAAAAGUUUUAAGCAAAUACAAAUUGCAUGUAAAUGAAGCAACAGCUCCCAUGAUUUUUACUUCAACUUGGAUGGGAUGAUUGACGAGCAUUCUCUAGCCACGUUCGGUUAGCCAUAUUUCAUAUUCGAGCAAUAAAAACAAAACGCAACUACAGCAGCAGUUGGAUAUAAACAAA